UUCGUCAUUUCAGAGGGAGCUUUUUCCUUAUCUUCUUCUUCUUCUCCUUCUUCUAAGAGUCGCUGAGCAGGUAUAUUACUACCUUACCAGGUGCGGUUGAUGGAAAUAUCAGCCCAUAGAAACAACCUCCUAAAAAAUUGACCAGGUCCCUUUUUCUUUCCCACCCCCUCUUCUCUUCAUUUUAUUUCUUCCAUCUCUGCUCAACUCUCCCUCACUCUUCCAUCCUCUAACGCGAACCACUGUUGAACAUCUUCACCAAUGCCGACCUCAAUUAUGUCUACUUCUUCCACUUUCUCCCCUCAUCUUUCUCCUGCUACCUCCUCUUCCUCUUCCUCUUCUUCUUAUUCUACCUUUAGAGCCCCAUCUCUCUCUUUCUUCCCCAGAAACCCAUCAUUCAAAACACCUCUUUCGAUGAACAAACGAACCAGCUUAAGCGUCCAAUCAGCAGUAACCAUCGAGAAAGAGACACCACAGGACGAACGUCCAGAUACAUUUCUCCGUGAAUCCGACGGUCCAUCGUCCUCCGUUAGGGCUCGAUUCGAGAAAAUGAUCAGAGAAGCUCAAGAUAGUGUCUGCGCAGCCAUAGAGGCCGUGGAUGGCGGCGCCAAAUUCAAGGAGGAUGUGUGGUCGAGGGCUGGCGGUGGUGGCGGUAUUAGCAGAGUCUUGCAGGACGGUGGGGUGUGGGAGAAAGCUGGUGUUAAUGUGUCUGUUGUGUAUGGAAUGAUGCCUCCUGAAGCUUAUAGAGCUGCCAGGGGUGAGAAUUCGGUGGAGAAGCCGGGCCCUAUACCAUUCUUCGCAGCCGGAAUCAGUUCGGUUUUGCACCCUAAGAACCCUUUUGCACCAACUUUACACUUUAACUAUCGGUACUUCGAAACAGAUGCUCCAAAAGAUGCUCCUGGAGCACCUAGACAGUGGUGGUUUGGUGGAGGCACUGAUUUGACUCCUGCCUAUAUCUUCGAGGAGGAUGUCAAACACUUCCAUACGGUUCAAAAAAAUGCCUGUGACAAAUUUGAUCCAAGUUUCUACCCCAGAUUCAAGAAAUGGUGCGAUGAUUAUUUCUUUAUAAAGCACCGAGGUGAAAGACGUGGCCUUGGAGGAAUAUUUUUUGAUGAUCUUAAUGACUAUGAUCAAGAGAUGCUUCUUUCCUUUGCAUCUGAAUGUGCAAAUUCUGUAGUUUCUGCAUACAUACCAAUUAUUGAGCGACGGAAGGAUAUGCCAUUUACAGAUCGGCAUAAGGAAUGGCAGCAAUUACGAAGGGGACGCUAUGUGGAAUUCAACUUGGUUUAUGAUCGAGGUACGACAUUUGGACUUAAGACAGGGGGCCGUAUUGAGAGUAUUCUUGUUUCUCUCCCACUUACGGCACGAUGGGAAUAUGACCAUAAACCAGAAGAGGGAAGUGAAGAAUGGAAAUUAUUAGAUGCCUGCAUCAACCCUAAGGAAUGGAUCUGACCUUUUGGGUGGUUGCUGUACUCUUGUUUAGUACCUACACCGAGAAGCCAGCCCCUUAGUAAUCAUGCAAUUUUUCUGGGUGCAAGUAGCCUAUCAGAAGAGAGGCAUUUUAAUUCACUGAUAGGGUCGUGAAAAUUAUAAUGAAUAAAUUGUGGAGAUGGGAAUUUUGAAAAGAAAUUGUCUUGCCAUUCAAGAACUGAUUAGGGCCAAAGUUUUUCAAGAUUAGUAGCUUUCAACCAUUUGUCUUUAAUUAUUUUGAUUUGAUAUAUAGCAGAAUCAAGUUAUACUCAAA